GGCCGCAGGCGGCGCCUCGCCCCCCUGUGCCAUGGCACCGCUGCGCUUUGCCGCGAACCUGGCCUGGCUCUUCCAGGAGGAGCCGACGCUAAUUCAGCGCAUGGAGGCGGCUUCGCGGGCCGGAUUCCGAGCGGUGGAGCUGGGCUUCCCCUACGCCUGCAGCGCCCCAGAACUGCGCGCGGCAGCAGAACGGGACGAGCUGGAGGUGGUCCUGCUCAACACUCCGCCCGGGAGCCGAGAGAAAGGUGAUAUGGGAUUAGGAGCAGUGCCUGGACGCCAGCCUGAAUUCCGGGAAGCCCUGGCUUUGGCUGUGAAGUAUGCCAAGGAGCUGAAAUGUCCAAGGAUCCAUCUUAUGGCUGGCCGAAUUCCUAUAGGUGCUAAAAGGGAUGCUGUGGCAACUGAGAUGGAAGCCACCUUUAUUGAAAAUCUCAAAUAUGCUGCUGACAUCUUGAAACAGGAAAAUCUGAUUGGAUUACUGGAGCCUAUUAAUAACCGGAUUAGUGAUCCCCAUUACUUCUUGACCACACCACAGCAAGCUGCUGCCAUUUUGGAAAAGGUGAAAAGCCCCAGUUUGAAGCUGCAACUGGAUAUUUUCCAUUGCCAGAUCAUGAAUGGUAAUCUGACCCAGAAUUUAAAGACAUAUUUCCCAAUUAUUGGACAUAUUCAAAUUGCCCAAGUACCAGGACGACAUGAACCUGAUAGCUCUGGAGAAUUGAACUUCCCUUACUUAUUCCAUUUACUGGAAUCAAUGAAUUAUAGUGGCUAUAUAGGCUGUGAAUAUAAACCAAAAGGUGACACACUGGAUGGAUUAAACUGGCUGUACUCAUACUGGGAAAAUCACUGUGUGGGAAUAGUUGAGAAAAAAUUGAAAUAAAGACCACUAUAGAUGGAGUAACCAACAGCAACCAUUGCUAUAUCCCACCAGAGGGAAUGACCACCCUUUUGCCACUGGCUGAGCUACCAAAAACAUCCCAUUUUGCCUUAAUAGGAUAUUUCUUAAUAAAGUAAGAUGGCCAAUA